AUGGCAUCAUCAACUUUCACUCAACGAUGGACAUCCGUCAACGAUUUGACGACAAGUAACAACAAUAAAAAACAGUUAACUACAUUUUAUCUACAAGCAUCAUCAUCAUCAUCAUCCGCCUCCAAUACAUUUCCAUUUACCUCCCGACCUUCGCAAUCAUUGCUUUCACUUGUCGAACCAUCAUCAUCACCUUCUUCUUCUUCUCCUCCUCCUCUUCGUCCUCGUUCUCAUCCGCGUUCUCGUCCCACUGAUCCAUCUGAACAAACAAAGCCAGUUCCAUCUCGUGUUGCUGAUAUUAUUAAUCGAUUCGAAUCUCAUAGUCUGUCAUCAAUGAAUAAUAACCCAAAUAAAGUAUCUCCUUCAACUCGUAGUAUUUUUACUCAACUGUCCAAAGGAAAUUUUCUUCAAAAUCCACCAGUUAUUGUUCGUGAAACUUCUUCAAUUUACAUUCCAGUAAAUUCCAAGCAGAAUAAUAAACCACAACCGAUUAUUAUCUGUGAAAAAAUAUGUCAUCCUGAGAGAUUAUAUAAAUCUAAAUCAACAUCUCCAUCCGUUGAUUCCGAAAGUUCUUUAGAAAAACCAUGUCCUCAAAAUCAAAUAAUACCCCAACAAAAUGUUGAAAGUGAUACUGAUUCAGCUAUACAUACAACGCCUCCUGUGAUAAAAAGUGAUUUAAUUCAUUCCACUGCAAUAUCACGUUCCAGUACAUCAGAUUCAAAUUGUUCGUCUUUGUCUUUGUCUGAUUCUUCACAAAAUCUACAUUUUACUCUUCCUCCACUACCUUCAACACAAAAACCACUUGAUAUUAGUUUUAAUUCAACAUGUUUUGAAAGAACCAAUUCUGCUUUCCCAUCAUCUGUAACAACAUUUAGUCGUACAAUACCUUCAACAACUUCUAUAACUAAUGAACAUAUUGAACCAUCACAUUCACUUACUACACGGUUUUGUUCAUCUGAAGCUAACAUAGCUGGUCAAUAUCGUCAAUUAUCAUCUUAUGAUGCUAUUCAAUCAGAUACAAAUUUAGCGCAAAAUGUAACAAAAAAAAGAUUUAUUGAUACAAAUCUACCAUUAAAAUACAAACGAGAUUCAUUUCUUCGACUUUAUGGACCUGAUGUAUUAUUAGAACAUGGUCAUCAUAAAUCUCAUGAUGUUGUACUUGAAGACGAUAUUGAUCCACCAUUUGAACCACGUGUUGUUGUAGUACAAAAGAAUAAACCCGUAACAGAUCAAUAUGAACUUCUUGAAUUUCUUGGAAGAGGAAAAUUUGGUGAAGUAAAAAAAUGUCGUGAACGAGCAACAAAACAUUUAUUAGCUGCAAAAUUUAUACAAAUAAAUAAAGAACAAGAUCGUAUUGAAGCAUUUAAUGAAAUUGAAAUCAUGAAAGCAUUACAACAUCCAAGACUUUUACAACUUUAUGAUGCUUUUGAAACAAAAUCAGAUAUUUGUCUUAUUAUGGAAUUAAUUACUGGUGGAGAACUAUUUGAACGUGUUAUUGAUGAAGAUUUUAUAUUGACAGAACGUCUUUGUGAAUUAUACAUGAUGCAAAUAUGUGAAGGUGUGAAUUUUAUGCAUUCAUGUAAUAUUAUUCAUCUUGAUAUGAAGCCCGAAAAUGUUUUAUGUUUAAAUCGAAAUGGACAUCGAAUAAAAAUUAUUGAUUUUGGUCUUGCUCGAAAAUUUGUUCCAGAUCGACAACUUAAAGUAUUAUUUGGUACACCGGAAUUUGUUGCACCAGAAGUUAUUAAUUUUGAUCGAAUUGGAUUUGGUACGGAUAUGUGGUCUGUUGGAGUAAUUUGUUAUGUUUUAUUAUCCGGUUUGAGUCCAUUUAUGGGUGAUAAUGAUAAUGAUACAUAUGCAAAUAUCAAUCGAGCUAAUUAUGAUUUUGAUGAUGAAGCAUUUACUGAUAUAUCAGAUGAAGCAAAAGAUUUCAUUUCAAAAUUACUUCUCAAAAAUAAAGAUAAACGUCUUCAAGCUAAAGAAUGUCUUGCUCAUCCAUGGUUAACUCGUCGACCAAAAUUAGUUUCAACUCCUAAUGAUGAAGAAGCAGCUGAAAAGAAAUUAUCAACAAAAAAAUUACGUAGAUUUGUCAUACGAAGACGUUGGCAGAAAGCAGUCAAUGCUUUAUUAGCAUUGAAACGUAUGGGAAUGACGUUGUGA